GAACUAUCAAUGAAUAACACUAACCCCGCCCUUGUUCCCUCCCAGUAUAGUAGUACUGCAGUGCAGCAGGCAGGAGAUUUGGAGCGAUCGAGGAGUCCGAGGGAACUGACUAAAAUUUGACAUACAGAGAGAUAUACUAUGGCCACAAAUUGUUUAAUCCGGUCACGCCCCUUCUGCAGUCUAGGUGUUGAUGAUCUUGCUGAUGUUCUUGACUUAUUGCAGAGAUGUGGCUUCCCAGAAACAAAAUGGUAUGAGCUUGGACUGAGACUAGGACUAAGGAAGAAUACACUGGACGUCAUUGAAACAAAGCAUCGUGGUGAUGUGCCUCGUUGUAUGACAGAGUGCCUCUCCCAAUGGUUAGGUAGAGCUGAUAAUGUUGACAGUAGAGGAGGAGCCAACUUGGACUCACUGUCAGAUGCUCUACGAUCUAUGAAUGAAACUGCUGUAGCUGAGAAGUUAAGUGAGUCAACCAUAGCUGUAUGCAAGUAUUUUCCUACUCCUGAAGUGGAUGUGGUUCCUGAGACUAUUAAAGAUUAUGAUGUUCCAUUAGCUACUGAAGGAGCUACAGCUACUCCUCAUUUUGUGGGUGGGCCUACUGAUGUUAUUCAUAAUCAUCAAGAAAUGUCACCUGACAGCUCAACAGGAUGCAACUCAAGUGAUAAAGAAAUUUUAUGUCCACUAUCAGUUGCUAGUAGAAAUAUCUCUCCUAUAGAUGCUGUAAUGUCACCUGGAAGUGAAAAGUCUAAUAAUUCAACAAAAAAGAGUGUCAGUCCUGAAAUCAAAACAGAUGAGGUUGCUAUGUCAUCAACAAAAUUUACUGGCACUGACAGAGCAACAGGUACCAAUGGUCUUUCUGGUGACACUUUCCUUUUAGCAAGCAGAUUGCAUGAUUUAGAAGAGGAAUUCGAUGAUGCGAUUCAGCUAACAAAAAAAUCAUUUGAAUCAAAUGAUCUACCUGAAAUCAUUGACUACCUCAUUACACAUACACUGUCAUUACUCGGUCCUAACAAAAAACAGCAAACAGCAGCUCAAGAAAUUGUUCAAGCAGUUAAAGAAGAGUUUCAUCAUAUCAAAACAAUAUCAGAAUUAUUUACCAUAUUACAGCACAAAUACAUGUCAUGGUUCAACUAUAAACUAAUGAUAAAACUUGUUAGAGUAUUUCUACCUGACAAUCGUUCGUUAAAGAGAAUUUGGUCAGAAUAUGAAGAGAAGUUAAAGGAUUAUUUUAUAAACAGUGGUGGACUAUUGAAAGAUGCUGAUGCUGUACAGUUUGGUGUAAAAGGUGUUCCUCCUGGUACACGAGUAAUGAUUGCUAAAGUUGACAGAGAUGACUACACACUGGAUGACAUAUUUUUCUUUCGUAGAGCAAUACCAAAAGGUUUAGAUAUUCCUGAAUAUGAUCUUCACUUCAGAUCCGUUCACUUAAGUUCUCUCUGUUUGGGUUACCUCAUUCCUGAGUAUCUUUAUUCUUUAUUAUUUCCUCUAAGUACAAAGCUACAGCAACAGUUAGCUAGUAUUGGUAUCACUGAGCUAUCAUGUGGUGAAGAUAAAUAUGAUAUAAGAGAGUUCUCAAUAGAAGAGGUUAAGCACUCGUCCACUGAUAUUGAUAUAUGUGAUCCAUUGUGGUAUGAGAAUACCAGUACACCGUUACAUGAAGCAGCUUGGAAAGGAUUAAAAGAUGAAGUACAAUGGCUACUCAACAAGUUUGAUUGCAAUACAUAUCAGCGUGGUUUUAAUGGUUGGACUCCAUUGCACUCGGCAGCAUAUGGUGGACACAUUGAGAUCCUUCAACUACUCAUCCAUCAAGGUAUUGAUCCUAAUGAAGGUGAUGAUAAUAGUGUAUCUAGUAUACAUAUGGCAUCUUAUAAAGGCCACUUAUCUAUAGUACAAUAUCUAGUAGACACAUGUGACGUUCCUCCCGAUCAACAAGACAAUAGCAAUAACACCGCAUUACUGUACUCAGCAAUAGAGGGCCAUUCUGACCUAGUGGAAUUUUUGAUCAGCAGAAAGUGUGAUACUUCUCAAAUUAAUGUAGAAGAAGCCUCUUUAUCAUUGUUUGCUUGUCAAAGUGGAGAGUUAGCAUUAGUCCAAAAGCUCGAGUCAUUAAAUCUCUUUUCACCAGAUUCUAAGGAUAUUUAUGGCGGUAAUGUGCUGCAUUACUGUAGUAUAAAUAAUAGAAGUGUUGAGCUUAUUAAGUAUCUUUUAAAUCGAUAUCAAUUAUCUAUUGGUGAUGGGAAUCAUCGAUUUGCUAAGACUCCACUUCAUUAUGCUUCGUGGUAUGCUUCAUCAUCAGUUGUGGAGUAUAUUCUUAGCAUUCAAGGAAAUGAAGCAUUAUUAGAUACUAACAAAAGAGGCAUCUCAUGUUUACAUUGUGCAUGUGAUGUAGCUGCACACGUUCCUGCUGGUGUAGUGUACAGUAAGCUUAUUACACAACGUGAUGUACCAGUUAUUCAGAUUAUUAAUAGUAAAAUAAAACAAAAUAUCGAUUUCAUGAAACGAAAGGAAAGAGUUAAAAUGUUUUCCUCACUUCUUGAGAGAGCUAGCUCUUGCCCUAAGUUCGACAUCAAUAAAACUAUAAAUACUGGUCAAUCAUUACUUCAUUUAGCAGCAUGCAGUGGCAGUACAUUACUAGUGAAAGCAUUAGAAAAAUAUAAUAUCAGUUCUACAUUAAAUAUUAAAGGUAUGUCUCCAGCACAUAAUGCUGCUUGGUCGGGUUCUACUAGUGUAUUAAAUUAUAUCGUAUCUCAAUAUAAUCUCAAUCCUAAUGAUACUGAUACUGAUGGUCGUACACCAUUAGUCUAUUCUUGCUGGGCUGGCAGUAUUACUUCCGUUAAGUAUCUUAUUAAGAAUCAUAACAGUGAUCCUUAUAUCACAGAUAACAAUGGUAUGACAUGUCUUCAUUAUUCUUGUCGUAAUGGUCACAUUAAUGUUGCUCAAUAUCUCAUUGAGGAACAGCAUUGUGAUAUUAAUAAAACAGAUAAUGAAGGACGCACGUUAGUACAUCAUGCUGCAUCAAGUGGUAACUUUGAUUUAGUUCAGUAUCUUAUUACUGAAAAACGUUUGUCUCCUACUGCAGUUGAUAAGAAUGGUUGUACUGUUUUACAUUGUGCCUCGCAUUCUCAUAACUUACCCCUCGUUCAAAAAUUAAUAAAUACAUAUCAGUUAGAUCCUCAUCAAGCCAACAGAAAUGGUAGGCUACCGAUGAAUUUUGCUGAAGAAUCUGACAAUAUUUUAUUAUGGAAAUUAUACGAGACGAUUUACAAGUGUUUUCAAAGCCAAACAGCAAACAGCAGUUGGAAAUCUUUUCGAUACUAUGAUUCAUUUUCAGUAGGACACAGUCUAUAAACACAGUAAAUUAUUGCAUGGUUAUACUUGUGUGCAUGGUUAUACUUGUGUGCAUGGCUCCCAUUUACUUAGUAUGUAGUGUAAAGAUUAAAUUUGACCAGAAUACAUAUGUAUCAUCACUUGAA